AUGGCCUCGUUGAUAUCGCUGUUCUCAAGACCAUCUCGACUGCCAUUCAACAAGGAAUCUUUCAAUACAAGGAAUGCUACCGUCCACACAGCGUACGACCCACAACACCCCCCUCCGCACCCUGGUCCUCAGUGGACGCGCUUCGUCUGUCUGAGUGACACUCACUCGGAAACGUUUCAGGUCCCGCCGGGCGAUGUAUUAUUGCACUCGGGAGACCUGAGUAAGCUUGGCACUUACGACCAGUUGAAGAUUACCGUGGACUGGCUACGUAGCCUCCCCCACCCUGUGAAAAUCAUUAUAGCGGGGAAUCAUGACCUUCCUCUUCACGAAUCGUGGUACGAAACACAGUAUUACGUCUUUCACAGGAAAAAAGAGCAGAUAUCUUCGCACAUAAGGAAGCUAGUCGACAAUGAAAAUAACGGCAUAGUGUACCUCCAGGAUCAGAAAUACACGUUCCAAUCCAAAGAUGGUGGAAGAGAAUGGUCUGUCUACGGGUCUCCAUGGCAGCCGUGGUUCGGUGGAUGGGCAUUCAACUAUACACCCGAGGAAGCUCAAGCACGUGUGGCACCCAUACCAGAAGUCGAUAUCUUGUUGACACACGGCCCUCCCCACACAAUAUUGGACACAAUUCUGACUAAUGAACACGUUGGGUGCCCAGAGCUGCUGGCACAUCUAUCCAAUAUGCAGAAACCUCCUUUGAUUCACUGUUUCGGACACAUACACGAAGCUCACGGAGCAACUGUCCAUGUAUGGGACAUCAACGACCAAGCCACAGAGGCAAAUCAGUUCGCGACAGAAGAUCGGUCUAACCCCGGGGAUACUCAAUCCAGUGAGACCAUUAUGGUCAAUGCGGCGAAUCAACCAAUUGGACCAAAGGCAUUUGUUCGUGGCGUUCGUAUUCCCUGUGGAGGUCCUGGCUUCCAACCGGUGAUUAUCGACAUGCUGGAUUCAGCUCAACGCUGA